CAAACAUACGCUUUGUUUUGUAUGAGAUUCUUUGAAAUUGCUGAAUUUAUAGCCUUGUGAUGAGAAUUUUUAAUUGUAUGGUGUUAAUUCUUAAGUAAUAAUGGCGAGACAAAUCAGUGAAGAGAUCGCUGCGUCUGUAAAGGACUUAAUAACUCAAAUGUCUGGCUUUCAGGAGGCAACUGAUGCGUUUAACUACAUCCAGAGACACAUUUUAACCACCUUGAAAAAAGCAGACACGAUGUAUUUCUUAAACAAGCGAGAGGUCGACGAAAACAUUGCCAGUAUGGCGGAAAAGUUCACUUUCCACGGCUUUUCCCCGCAAGCCAAAGCUUUACAAGACUCUUACAAAUGUUACAUAUCCGAGAACCUGCCCAAACCUGAACUGAUUAACCGUUUGAAUAUCGUCAAGCUUUUACUGUGCCUGUCAGAAAGACCUACGAGCAAUUUCAUAGAAAACCCUCAAGAAUUUCAAACCGAAAAGAAGGAUGAAGAAGAAGAGAUCAACUGGGGGGAAUACCUGAAGGAAGGUAUAGAAACCUGGACUCCAAAUUUCGAUGAAGGGAGCGAUGACUCGGAAAGUUCCUUUUCUGAAAAUGACACGGAUGGUAGAGGAAAUCGAAGUGGGCAUAAUACAUCGCACUUACCCACAGUUAUCGACGAUACCGAAAAAGGUACCAUCGUCGAUCUGAGAGCGAAUCGUGAAGAAUUGUUGGCUACAAUUCAGCACACUUGGUAUAACCAAACACGGUUUCAUAUGACGCCAUUCAGCGAAUGGAGGGAAGCGAAUAUCGCUAUACACUGGGAUAAGUUUUUGGAAAAUCAAGUGAUGGAUUUAAUCCCAAUUGAGAAAUCGUGCAUCCUGUCGGAAUAUAAGGUUAUAAGAGAAAUUUUGUGGCAGUUGUGGUCUCUGCAUACCUCCGCGGUUUUUCAACUGGAAAGGAACAAUAUAAAGCCGAAACCUGAUGUCACAAUCGCAAGUAUCCGUGCGGAACCCUUUGAGAGAUUCCUGACUCAGUUUAUCCCGUACAUGGAAGUACUAAAUUUCUUCCGAGAAUUUUCGAAAUCUCUAGAAAUCCAAACUUACGAUUGCAUCACUGAAGUACCUCAAACUUACAGGAGCUACGAUAACUCGUUACAAAAAAUCUUGAGACCUAUUUAUAGAAAAUUGUCGGAGCUGGAGGACCGCGUGAGAGAGCAAGAGACAACGUAUACCCUGUUGAAACUCUACCGCGACCUUCAAUCGAUUCUGGAACCUGUAAUGAUCUUAAAAAAAAUCCACAAGGAAGUAGUAGUCGAUUUUAACAAAAACAACCAUCUAAAGUGUGCCACUUAUGUCCUCUGUGCUCUUCACAACAGUCUACAGUUCUCCGGUAGCAAACUAGAACAAGAUCUGAUAGUAACCUUAUUCCUUGAAAGUUUAUACCAUUAUUUCUCACUAAUCGACUGCUGGUUGACGAAAAACGAGUUGUCGGAUUAUUCUGGAGAAUUCAUUAUAGUCAAUAAAAAUAGGAACAAUACAUCUACAUACGUCAAAGAAAACAGUGAAGAAAGCCUCGCGGAAUCCGAUAACUGGAAGCUGAACUUUGAUCUACGAGACGGCCUGGACGAUUUUUGUGCCAAGAACGGCUUGUUGAAAAUCAUCAGAGAAACGGUGUUACAGAUUGGAAGAAACAUACAUUUUCUGAUACUAUUAGGCAAAUAUUCUCUCUUCAACGACUGUAAAGAAACCAUCCAUCAAGAAUUCGUUAGGAGAUCCCUGGAAGAGCUGGAAAAGUUCUUUAAAGUAAAUUCAGAAGAACGUCCUGUGGAGGAAACCUUUACCAAUGAAACUUUUUAUGAUUGCGUCACCGAGAAAAAGUAUAAGUACCCCGUGAUCUGUACGGACGAGUGCAAGAAGCCCACAGAAUUCGACAAGUUGGAAAAUCUAGUCGACACAUCUGACGGUUUCUUGAUGUUGGCCUUCGAAGACUACUUUGUGGAAAAGCCCGAACCGCCAAAGCAAGAGGAUAAAACCCUGUUCGAAAAGGUGUCCAAGAUCACCACGACGAUGUUCCCGACAAGCAACUUUUUCGAGAGAAUCCUUAACGGUUUGCUCAAAGAGAGAUUCACCAUAUCGGGGUUGAUGGUGAAGAAUAUCCUGAUAGAGGAGUACCUGCUAGAGAAGCAGUUUCAAUUUCUGAGGCACAUGUUUCUGUUUUGCGACGACCUGAUUUUCCCGUUUUAUAGGAGGCUCUUUGAAAAGACCAACACCCACAACCCAAACUGGGGCAACGAGAUCUGGCUGACGUCCCACCUACAUGACACUGUCAUGGAUGUCUACCCCGAAUUCUACAAGAAGUGCCUGGUACAGGUCAAAGAUGGUUGGCGGCAGUGCGUCGACCCUUUAGAUGCAUGCCUGAUGAUGAGCGUACAGUACGAGAUACAGUGGCCGUUGAACAUCAUAAUCAGUGGCGCACAGAUGGCACUGUACAAGGACAUAUUCGGUUUCAUCAUACAGAUCAAGUGGGCUUUGUAUACAAUGAACCACUUAGCGUUUACUGAUCUGGAAUCGAAGAAGCUGGACAAGAAGAAACCGAAAACGCACGGGAACGCAAUCAUGAAGCUGAAAUAUCUGAAAUUUACACUAACGAACAUGUUAAACAGCACCCAGCACUACAUAUUCUCCUUUAUCUUCACCAAGUGCCUGCAGAACUUCGAGCUGGAGUUUGAAAAGGCGAACGACCUGUCCUCGAUAAUAGCGUCGCAUUCUAAUUUCAUCAACACGAUUUUUGGUAUGGUCAUGGAUAUAAGGCAGUCGGAAAAGAAUUUCCAGGCGUUUAAAAGUGUUUUGAGCUGCGUAAAACUGUUGAAGAUGAUGUGGAAGCGCUUAGAUAUGGCGACGCCCAAGAGGUUGAGCGACUGCUACAAGGUUUACAAGAAAUCUUACUCUGCCAUAGAGCCAAUCAUUUGCCCAGUGUAUAUUUAUGAUUACUGAAUACUUUUUUCAUUAUACAUGUGAUAUUACUAGUUUAUUUGUUGUUGAAAUUUUGUAUACAUGUUCUUUUUAAUAAAGCUUUUAUAUUUGUGUCAAUUA